AUGGAGACGGUUUUUUCGGUGCCCACCUCUAUUUCCGUCACUGAAAGUGGCGUUACAAAUACCGUCCACAUUGAUGUCAAUAUUGGGUCUGUUCAGCCGGGUUCUUCAAAAUAUUCACACCCAACAUCUUUGGGAAUUACCUGUUCAGAACAUGCUUCCAAUGUCUUGGACGACCUCACACCGUCCCUCUCUUUGACCACAAUAGCGCCUGGGAAUUCUUCAAAUCGUUUGUUGCCGUUCACAGACGAUCUUGGUUUAUGCAUUAAACACUCUCCUGAUGUGUCACCCUUAGUCGAUGAUGACGAAGAUGUACGUUCACUCCUAGCAGCAGCAGCCGCUGUUGCGGCUGCCGACUCCAGGGUUCAUCAAGGUUCACCGUCAGUUCGUUCUUCUUCUGGACUUAACACUCCACCUGAUUCAAGAAGUAGUCGACUUAUGGACACAAUCACUUGCAGACCAAUGUCAGUUGGUGUUUGCGAUCAAACUCAGGUCAUUCACUCAAUAAAUAGUGUUCCUAUGUUAGUUUCGAAUCAUAGUUUGUCAAGAACGCCCUAUGCACAUAGCGAUGACCCUCUUGCAAUCCUAAUCCCAACACACACAACACAGUCUGUGUCUACUAA